AAAAUUGAAGCUGUGCAGCGGAAAUUCCUAGAACAUUCUUUUCCUGUUUGGACAGCUUCUUUGCCUGCAGCAAAAAAGCAGCGUGAUCUGGUGAACCCGGUCAUUUGGCAUCUUAUAUAAAUUGUAUACAGAAACUGAACUAUCUGGAACUCAACGCACCAAUAUGUUCAACAACAGCAACAACAACAAUAACAAUCGGAACACCUCUGACUCCAAUAUACGAUCAAUAGAUUCCCUUUUGGAGCCGUUGGAAAUACUGGGCGCCACCAACGAUUCCGGCCAACUGAUGUUUUUGAUCCGCUGGAGGGGCACCAAUCGGGCCGAUUUGGUGGCAGCCAACGUGGCCAACAUCAAGUGGCCCCAAAUGGUCAUAAAGUAUUACGAGCAACGUGUGAUCUUUCAUCCUCCUGAAUAAGCAAGGUCCCUUCAGUUAUUCAAAAAAUGUUUAUCAAACCAAAUACAUUUGAAUAAAUAAGGAUUGUUGCCAAAGAACAAAAUCA